AUGGCACCAAAAAUAAGUGUGGCAUGGGACCAUUUUAUUGAUAAAGGAAAUUAUACAGCCGAGUGCAAAAUGUGCAAAUCGAAAAUAUCAUUUCAAUCAGGAGUAUCGAAUCUCACAAAACACGUGCAGAGAAAACAUCUCGCCGUUAAUUUAGUUGCACGGGAGGAAACAGAACAGCAGCCUCAAGAGAUUAGCCCGCAAUUACCACCUUCAUCACAGCCGUCAACUUCGGCUACAGUAACUAUUCCCAUUAGUACAAAUCCUCCAGCAAGAAGAUAUCCCCCGAUUUCGGCGUUUCUUCGGCGUGAUUGUAAUAAAAUAAAAAAGGACAUAGAUGACCACAUAAUGAAUCUUUUUAUAUGGGAUAUGCAGCCAUUUACCAUCGUCGAAGAUAAAGGGUUCCGUGAUCUGAUUAAGUUUGCUUUUUCCAAUUAUGUUCUACCAACGCGAAAGUACUUCGCAAAUAAUUUACUUCCGGGACAAUACGAAGCCGUUAAGACUGCAACAAUGGCUUCGGUAAAUGAAGAUGCCAAAACAUUAUGUUUAACGACAGACCUUUGGUCAUCAAGAAAUAAUGACUCGUACUUAGCUGUUACGGGUCAUUAUAUUGACAAAGACUUUGUUUUGCGAUCAGUACUUUUAGAAUGCAAGGUACUUGAUAAGAGCCACACAGGAAGGCAUUUGGCGGAAGAAUUGCAAGACAUCAUCCAAGAUUGGAGCGUGGCUGACAGAGUACUGUUAGUAGUAUCCGACAACGGCGCGAACAUCAAAAAUGCCAUAACAAUGCUGCAAUGGAAGCACUUUGGUUGCUACGCACAUACCCUAAAUCUUGCAGUGCAAAAAGCGUUAGGGUCCACUGCAUUAGUUAGUUUAUUAAACAAAGUUAAAGCAAUUUUUGCUCAUUUUAAAAGAAGCAAUGUGGCGUGGAACAAGUUAAAAAAAUACCAAGAACAGGCAAAUAAGACCAUUAAAAGACCUAUUCAGGAUGUAGCGACACGGUGGAAUUCUUCGUACUAUAUGCUGCAGCGGUUCAUUGAGUUAGAAGAUGAAAUUAAAUGUUUAAGCAAUUUAGAUUCAACAAAUUUAAUGAAUCUAACGACUUACGAAUGGGAUCUCUGUAAGUCACUGAUUGUGGUAUUGCAACCGUGCGAAGAGGUCACGCGAGAAAUGAGCGGCCAAAAAUAUGUUAGUGGUAGUUCAGUGCUGCCUAUUACGGUCGGUCUUACCAGCGCACUCAGAGAGAUUGCUGAUCCAGUAUAUCAGCAAAGUAAUGAUAUCGCAGCUUUCCCAGACGAGAUCGAAAUGUGUAGGCAAGAUCUGUUGUCGGAAAUAACCACAAGAUUUGCUAACGUGGAAAAUAGCAAAACAUUUACGACAGCUAUGUUCCUCGACCCACGUUACAAGUUAUAUUUUGAAAAUCAAAGCAUUGCAGAAAACACCAAAAAACACGUCAUAUCAUUGGUGGCUGCAAUGAUAGUUAAUGACGAAAGCGUGUUACCUUCUACGUUACAGCCAGUAGAACCGACUACAAUCAAACAAAGCCUAAUAUGGAAGCAUUAUAAUAAAAAAAUGCAGAAUUUCCGCCCAGCAGGAACGCCCAAUAGCAGGGCAAUAAUUGAAGUGCAGCGUUAUUUAGACGAUACAGUCCUAACGCCGGACCUUAAUCCAUUAGAAUGGUGGCGAUCUAACCAAUCUAAUUAUCCGUACUUGGCUAAACUAGCCAGAACGAAGCUGAACGCCAUGGCUACGAGCGUACCCUGCGAACUUUUAUUUUCCGCUGCAGGGAACAUUCUUACAGACCGAAGAAACAGGUUAGGGAGUCGAAAACUGCAGCAAUUACUCUUUCUCCAACAAAAUAAAAGAUAA